AUGGCGCACAGGCCGGAACAGAAGACACACCCGCUGUCGCAGCGCUGGACGCUGUGGUUCGACAACCCCGCCGGCAAGCAGAAAGUGGAGAACUUCGGGGAGACCCUGCGCGCCAUAUGCACCUUCGGCACGGUGGAGGACUUUUGGAGCCUGCAGCACAACGUGGCGCUGCCCAGCAUGCUCAAGCCCAAUGCGGACAUCCACCUCUUCAAGGAGGGUAUCACUCCGAAGUGGGAGGAUCGCAUGAAUGAAGAUGGUGGCCGCUGGACUGUGACAGCCCCCAAGACUGGGGGAGAGAGGGUGCUGAACGGCCUGUGGCUGGAUGCGAUGUUGGCGUGCGUUGGGGAUAUGUUUGAAGAUGGGGUGGAGGUUUGUGGGGUGGUGUGCAACAUCAGAGCCAAGGGCAACCGCGUGUGCUUGUGGACGAACAAGGCUGACAAAAAACUGCUGCAGCUCAGCCUGGGCCGUCAGUUCAAGCACCACCUAGGAAUCGGACCAUCUGAAAAGAUCAGCUACUUGGCGCACUCCGACGCGAGGCGACUCACCCAAACGCAAAGGGUUGCAGACUUGUACAAUGUUUAG